AUGAUAUUAGAUGCAGCAGUAGGUGGAACAAUGAUGAGUGUAGAUGCGGAGCAAGCAACAAGAAUCAUUGAGGCAUUGGCAUCCACAAAUCAUCAAGCUCAGCAUAAUAGGCAAACUGUUCAGAGGAAGGGAGUGCUUGAUCUUAGUACUACAGAUGCGAUCUUAGCUCAAAAUAAGAUUCUGACUCAACAGAUUGAAGCACUGACGAAGCAAAUGUCUAAAUUACCAGAGCAGUUGCAAGUUGUGCAAUCUUCUCCUAGUCAACAACCCAUGAGAUGUGACUUCUGUGGAGGAGAUCAUCCAAAUGGUCAUUGUUCUUAUCAGAGUAGCUCACAAGGAGAAGUUCAAUAUGUGAGCAACCAAGGAAGACCAGGAAAUUUCUCCAACAAUAACAACUUUUCACAGGGGUGGAGAAACAAUCCAAAUCAGAAUUUUGGAUGGAAACAAGAUGCUGGUCCUUCAAACAGACAACCUCCUUAUCAACAACAGCAACAACAUUAUCCUUCGGUGCAUGACAGAACAAAACUGGAGGAUACUUUAGAAAAGUUUAUGCAAGCUUCUUUGACUAAUCAGAAAAAUACAGAAGCUUCAAUCAGAAAUCUCGAAACACAGAUUAACAUCCCUUUCGUGGAGGCUAUGGAGCAGAUGCCGACAUAUGCAAAAUUCAUGAAAGAGCUCCUAACAAAAAAAAGAAGAUUCUCUGAAGAGACACAAGACUACAAGCCUGUAGCACAGCCUCAACGGCGAUUGAAUUCAACCAUGAAAGAGGUGGUCAAGAAAGAAGUAAUGAAGUUACUUGAUGCAUGUAUGAUCUAUCCAAUCUCCGACAGUGCCUGGGUCAGCCCGGUCCAGGUAGUUCCAAAAAAAAGAGGUAUGACUGUUAUUUGUAAUGAUAAAAAUGAAUUAAUUCCUAUUAGAACAGUCACAGGUUGGAGAAUGUGUAUAGAUUAUAGAAAAUUAAAUCAGGCCACUAGGAAAGAUCAUUUUCCUUUGCCUUUCAUGGAUCAAAUGCUAGAAAGGUUAGCAGGGCAAGCAUUCUAUUGUUUUCUGGAUGGAUAUUCUGGUUAUAAUCAAAUUGCAGUGGAUCCAGAAGACCAAGAAAAAAUUGCUUUUACUUGUCCCUUUGGUGUGUUUGCUUACAGGAAAAUGCCUUUUAGAUUGUGUAACGCACCAGCAACCUUUCAACGAUGCAUGCUUGCAAUUUUCUCUGAUUUGGUGGAAAAAUGCAUAGAAGUCUUUAUGGAUGACUUUUCUGUAUUUGGUGCUUCAUUUGAUCAAUGCCUGGAAAACUUAAACAUCGUACUAAAACGGUGUGUUGAUACCAAUCUGGUUUUGAAUUGGAAAAAAUGCCAUUUUAUGGUAACUGAAGGUGUGGUUCUGGGCCACAAAAUCUCUGCUAAAGGUAUUGAAGUUGAUAAAGCUAAAGUGGAGAUCAUUGAAAAGUUGCCACCACCCAAACAUGUGAAGGGUAUCAGGAGUUUUCUAGGCUACGCUGGGUUCUACAGACGAUUCAUCAAAGAUUUCUCCAGAAUUGCCAAACCACUCAGCAAUCUGCUUAACAAGGAUACACCCUUUAAUUUUGCUGUUGAAUGUUUGCAUGCAUUUGAAUUGUUAAAACAGAAAUUGGUUUCAGCUCCUGUGAUAAUUGCUCCUGAUUGGAAUUUAGGCUUUGAGUUAAUGUGUGAUGCAAGUGACUAUGCCAUAGGAGCAGUUUUAGGACAGAGGAAAUCCAAAGUUUUUCAUGCUAUACACUAUGCUAGCAAAGUCCUUAAUGAAGCUCAAAUUAAUUAUGCAACAACUGAAAAGGAAUUGCUAGCUAUAGUUUAUGCAUUGGAAAAAUUUAGAGCAUAUUUGAUUGGUUCAUCUGUCACUGUAUAUACUGAUCAUGCUGCAAUUAAAUAUUUGUUAACCAAAUCUGAUUCAAAACUAAGACUAAUUAGAUGGAUCUUAUUGUUGCAGGAAUUUGAUUUGGUGAUUAAGGACAAAAAGGGAAGUGAAAACUUUGUAGCUGAUCAUUUGUCUAGAUUGGUGAAUACUGAGGUGACCAACACUCAAUCAGAGGUGCAGGAGGAGUUUCCUGAUGAAAAAUUGAUGAUGGUGCAAGAAAGGCCAUGGUUUGCUGACAUGGCCAAUUUCAAAGCUGCAGGGGUCAUACCUGAAGAUUUUAAUUGGCACCAGAAGAGGAAAUUCCUGAAAGAUGCACACCAAUAUGUGUGGGAUGAUCCUCAUUUGUUCAAAAUUGGAGCUGAUCAAUUGUUGAGAAGGUGUGUAUCCAAUGAUGAGACCAAUGGACAAGCGGAGGUGUCAAACAGGGAAAUCAAGCGUAUUCUAGAGAAGAUUGUGGCAUCUUCAAGAAAAGAUUGGUCAAUGAAGUUGGAUGAUGCACUCUGGGCCUACAGAACUGCUUAUAAAUCUCCCACAGGUUUAUCCCUAUUCCAGCUGGUAUAUGGUAAGUCAUGUCACAUACCGGUUGAACUGGAACACAAGGCAUUUUGGGCCUUGAAAUUCUUGAAUUUUGAUCCAAAGGCAGCAGGAGAAAAGAGAAAAUUACAGCUACAAGAAUUGGAAGAAAUGAGACUCAGCGCUUAUGAGUCCUCUAAGCUCUACAAGGAAAAGAUGAAAGCGUAUCAUGACAAGAAAAUUCUCAAAAGAGAAUUUUAUCCUGGUCAAUCAGUGUUAUUAUUCAAUUCCAGGUUGAGGCUAUUCCCUAGAAAGCUAAAAUCAAAGUGGUCAGGACCAUUUCUUGUCAAAAAUGUGAGACCUUAUGGAGCCAUUGAACUAGAGGAUCCUGAAUCUAAAAGGAGCUGGGUUGUAAACGGGCAAAGGUUGAAGCCCUAUCUUGGUGGUGAGAUUGAUAGGCUCGCCACAAUCAUUCAACUGGAUGAACCUUAA